CUGUGACUUCGACUGUAUCAGUGCCAGUGUAUUAACUCUGAGUGAAAGCUGACGUCUGCUUUCAAGAAUUUCGUGCACCUUGCUGCUUGACAUAGCAAUUCUCGUGCAUUGCGCAAAGCUCCCCCUUCUAAAUCCAAGCUCCAGCCACGAGCUAGCCGAAGCUCAAACCAAACACCAAGCUGAUCCACUAGCCCUGCUUUCAGCCACCUCCCAGCUGUUUCCCUCCCUCUUUUGCCUCCUCAACACAUCGGGCGGGCGGCUAGCCCCCACCCCCACCGCACGCUGAUGACGGAAACCCUUGGAGCAGGAACCCUGGCAGCUUACGCUGCACCUGAUCACACCGCAGGCCGCUGGACGAGAGCCUCGAGGCUCCUGUGUAGUCGUGACCGUUGCAAAACCAACGGAGAGACGAUACCUCACGAAAAUGGCGCCCAAUGCGCUAGAUCCCCUGACGACAGACUCCCUGGCAGCUCUCAAGCGCGACCGUGCGCUGCCAGGUGUCACCCCCACAGCAAUCGUUGUGGGCGCCGGGGUUGCCGGCCUGGCUGCGGCUAAGGCCCUCCAGGCAGAGUCCUUCAAAGUGGUCGUGCUCGAGUCCCGAGACAGGGUCGGGGGGCGCGUUCACACCGACUACAGCUUCGGCGUACCAGUGGAUAUGGGCGCCUCAUGGCUGCACGGCGUUGCGGACGUCAACCCCCUGUCCACGCUCGUCCGAAUCUUGCAGCUGCCGCUGUACCGGACGAGCGGGGACAAUUCGGUGCUGUUCGAUCACGACCUCGAGAGCUACCGCCUCUACGACGACGGCAAGUCGGUUGACCCCGACCUAGUUGCAGCUGUGGGGGAGGUCUUUGAAGAGAUGCUGAAAGAGACCAAAGCAAUCCGCAGCGAGCUCCCCCCCACCGAAGACAUGCCCAUGGAGCUCGCCCUCCAGUCAGCCCUAACCCGCCGCCCCGAGUUAGUGCUAACCGGGGUCGCUAACCGGGUCCUUCAGUGGUACAUCUGCCGCAUGGAGGGCUGGUUUGCGGCCGACCUGGUUAACCUGUCGUUACGAAACUGGGACCAGGAAGAUCUUCUCGAGGGGGGUCACGGGCUGAUGGUCCGCGGAUACGCUCCGGUGGUUGGCGCGCUCGCCAGCGAUCUGGACGUGCGCCUGCGCCACAGAGUCAGCCACAUCCGUCACGGCACUUCGGGCGUCCAAGUCACAUGCGAAAACGGCGCGGUGUUCCGGGCAGACGCGCUAGUCAUGGCGGCGCCGCUGGGCGUGCUCAAAACCGGAACCAUUCAGUUUACGCCCAAGCUGCCCGAGUGGAAGCAGUCCGCGAUCGACGGUCUGGGAGUGGGCCAUGAGAACAAGGUCGCCUUCCUCUUUGAGUACUCGUUCUGGCCCAACGUCGACUUUCUGGGCGCUGUUGACGACACCUCCUACGGCUGCAGCUACUUCCUGAACCUGCAUAAGGCGACGGGGAACCCCGUGCUCGUAUAUAUGCCGGCGGGCAGCCUAUCGACCGACCUGGACAAGAUGGCGGACGAUGACGUCAUCGAGUUUGCGUUGAAAGAGCUGCGGAGCAUCCUGCCGCACGCGGCCGCAGUCAAGCCGCUGAAAGCCAUUUUGAGCCACUGGGGCAAAGACCCCAACACCCUGGGCGCCUACUCAUACGAGAUCGUCGGCUCUAACAUGGAGAUUUACGACCGCCUGGCGAAGUCCACCGGGCGCCUUUUCUUUGCGGGCGAGGCCACCAGUCGGUCUUUCCCGGGCACUGUCCACGGGGCAUAUGCCUCGGGAACUAGAGCGGCCGGAGAAAUCACCCGGGCGUAUGUGGAGAAGCUGGAGCACUGCACGGGAGUGGUCGGGGGGGAGGCCGGGGAAGGGGCGGAGGAGGUUGAGCUUUUGCCGCUGCAGAUCUCAAGGCUGUAAUCAGUCUCGUGAUGUCUCUUCGUAUCGACUUUAGUGGUUGUAUAGUCUCGCAACCUCUUUUCCUAGGCGGUUGUUGAAGGAUGGUAUAUCCGGUCAUAGAUCGCUCACAGUGUCGUGCACGUGGUGCCUAGCGGGUAGGCCAGUUAUUUGCGAGUAUUAGAAGCGUGACAGGAAGUCAAGGGUAAGUUCAAGGUGUGUCCAGUCACUUAAAAGUUUUACAGGUUUAAGCGUGAUGGGAAGUCAAGGGCACCCAUCCGAAUAGAGACGCUUAGCGACAGUUUGGUAGACAAGGAAAGGAGACGCCCGAACGACGCCUGACCCCUGGAAGCAGACCGCCAUUUGUCACUGACGGAGUGGAUACGCGUGCCAGUGGCUUGAGUCCUACGUGGUCGCAAUCGUUUCAUGUGGGCGCUGCAUCUCUUGCUACGCACUAGUGAAACAUGCCCAUGUGCUCGCGCUGCAGCGGUGCCGGCUAUCCAUCAUAGUCAGCCGGCCGUCGUUAAUUGAUGCAACCUUCUCUAUUUUGGGGGGCGGCCGGCCCAUGUUCUGCAC